AGGCAGGGAAAGUCCUCACAGUGUAAGUACAGUGUCUCCGGUGAAGACCGCCGCUCCGCUCUCUGCUGGCUCCACACUGACGGCUGCGCCUCCAAACGGACUGAAAACACUCCUACACAGCAACUCAAAGCUGUAGCAUUGAUUUGUUAGUCGGGGGGACAUGGCUGAUGUAAGUUCAAACGAGUCGUCCACCGCGGACGUGGCGAACAGGUUUGCUCGCAAAGGUGCUCUGAGGCAAAAAAACGUCCACGAGGUCAAGAACCACAAAUUCAUAGCCCGGUUCUUCAAGCAGCCGACUUUCUGCAGCCACUGCACCGACUUCAUCUGGGGGUUUGGAAAACAAGGAUUCCAGUGCCAAGUUUGCUGUUUUGUGGUCCACAAGAGGUGCCAUGAAUUAGUCACAUUCUGCUGCCCAGGGGCAGAUAAGGGGCCCGACACAGACGAUCCCAGAACGAAGCACAAGUUCAAGAUCCACACCUAUGGGAGCCCCACUUUCUGUGACCACUGUGGCUCUCUGCUGUACGGAAUGAUCCACCAGGGGAUGAAGUGCGACUCCUGCGAUAUGAAUGUCCAUAAGCAGUGUGUUAUGAACGUGCCCAGCCUGUGUGGAACCGAUCACACUGAAAGGAGGGGGCGUGUUUUCCUCAAGUGUGAGGUCUCUGCGGAUAAGCUGCAGGUCACAGUGGGUGAAGGCAAAAAUCUGAUCCCCAUGGACCCAAACGGCCUGUCUGAUCCAUAUGUGAAGCUCAAGCUAAUACCAGACCCCAAAAAUGAGACCAAGCAGAAGACCAAAACCAUCCGCUCCAACCUCAACCCCAAAUGGAACGAGACCUUUAAUUUCAAGCUGAAGCCUUCAGAUAAGGACCGCAGGCUGUCAGUGGAGGUGUGGGACUGGGACCGGACCACUAGGAACGACUUCAUGGGGGCUCUUUCCUUCGGCGUGUCAGAGCUCAUGAAGGCCCCAGUCUGUGGCUGGUAUAAGUUACUGUGCCAGGAGGAGGGGGAGUACUAUAAUGUUCCCAUCUCAGAGGAGGAUGACGGGAAUGAGGAACUGAGGCAAAAAUUUGAGAAAGCCAAGCUAGGCCCAGGUAAGAAGGUCAUCACCGAGACGGACGACAGCCACUCCAGCCAGCAGACUCAGAACAGCCUGGACCAAGUCAAACUCAGCGACUUCACCUUCCUGGCUGUACUGGGGAAAGGGAGCUUUGGCAAGGUCAUGCUUGCAGAGAUGAAGGCCUCUGAGGAGCUCUACGCAAUAAAGAUCCUGAAAAAAGACGUAGUGAUCCAGGAUGAUGACGUGGAAUGUACUAUGGUGGAGAAGAGAGUCCUGGCCCAGCAGGACAAGCCGCCCUUCCUCACAUACCUCCACUCGUGCUUCCAGACUGUGGACCGUCUGUACUUUGUCAUGGAGUAUGUGAAUGGAGGAGACCUCAUGUAUCAUAUCCAGCAAGUUGGCAAGUUCAAGGAACCUCAGGCAGUGUUCUAUGCAGCAGAGAUCGCUGUCGGUCUCUUCUUCCUGCACGUUAAAGGAAUCAUCUACAGGGAUCUGAAGUUGGACAACGUGAUGCUGGACUCUGAGGGACACAUUAAGAUUGCUGACUUCGGCAUGUGUAAAGAGAACAUGGCAGAAGGAGUGACCACGCGCACCUUCUGCGGCACUCCAGACUACAUAGCCCCAGAGAUCAUCGCAUAUCAACCAUAUGGACGCUCUGUAGACUGGUGGGCAUAUGGAGUUUUGCUCUACGAAAUGCUGGCAGGACAGCCUCCAUUUGAUGGCGAGGAUGAAGAUGAGUUGUUCCAGUCCAUUAUGGAGCACAAUGUUUCCUACCCCAAGUCCAUGUCCAAAGAAGCUGUCUCCAUCUGCAAAGGGUUGAUGACCAAGCACCCAUCCAAGCGUCUGGGAUGCGGCCUUGAGGGAGAGAGGGACAUCAGAGAACACGCCUUCUUCAGACGUAUCGACUGGGAACGCCUCCAGAACAGGGAGAUACAGCCGCCUUUCAAGCCCAAAGUGGGCUCCAGUUCAUCUAAUAAGUGUGGCAAAGGAGCAGAGAACUUUGACAAGUUCUUCACACGCACCCAGCCCCAGCUCACACCGCCGGAUGAGCUGGUUAUCGCCAACAUCGAUCAGGCUGAGUUUUCAGGGUUCUCUUUCAUCAACCCACAGUUUGUACACCCGUCACUCAUGAACAGCGUAUGAGACGGAUGGGGAAGCAUCCCUGAAGAACCUCCCUGCUCACUGCCACCCUCUCAAAGCAACCGCCAACCUAACAUAUGACCACAAUGUGAUCAAGGCCCCCGUAAACCUUUAUGUGUUGGAAUUAUUCGCAAGCAGCAUUCUGGGACAUGCAUGUUUGUCCUGUACAAUAUAUUUGACAGCAUAAAUUCUAAAGAUCAAGUUCUCGGCCAUCAAAAGAAAUAAUUUCCUUUAGAAUAAUGAUGAGCAUGUACUGCAGAUAAGGAUGUCCCUCUUUACCGAGGCAAUUAGUAUUGAAGGUUUACCAUAACUGGAGGCACUGAGACAGAACCUUUACCUACAAUCACAUUUAAUUGAUUCUGGAAAAGGUUUUCAUGCUUAGAAAUAGAUUAACAUUAUGGUCUACAGAUCUAGUCGGUGGGUCAUAGUUUGUUUCCAUGUAGAUAAUUAUCACAGUAAACCAUAGUUAUUAUGUGGUGACUUGAGAAACACUCACAUAAGGCAGCGUAGACUAUAGCCAAAUAUGAAGGACAGGCGGUGCAGGCAUUGAAACAGAACCUUGUGAGUCAAUGUUUCCUGUAUCAUGUUUACAUUUUUUUCCCCUUUUUUAAUUCAUGGUUGACGGUAUAAAAUUCUAUUUUAGUCCGAUUUGACUCUAGCCGGUCUCAACUUCCCGUGUGCGUAGCAAUUCAACUAAAAAUGCACAGUUAGAUGAUGUGCAGCCUGUAAAACUGCAAAUACGUCAGACAUAAAGGUAUGAAAGUGUGUCAGAGUUGGUUCCAAUUUGUCAUAACUUAGUUUCUUAGCUUAACUGCUAUUGUGCUGUUUCACCUGCUUUUAGGGCUGGGCAAUGAGGAAAAAAUCAAAUAUCAUUAUGUUUUUGACCAAAUACUUUGAUGUUGAUAUUAGCAAUGAUACUUCAGGGUUGACUAUUGGUUGCCUGAUAUCAGAUAAAAUUGAUACAGUCAGCUUGUUAAAAUCUGCUUCCAUCUUCAGUCUGACAUUGCUUCCACUCCAACCAGUUAGGGUAUUAAGUCCACAUUGCUGCAUAGCCAUGCCACCCUCCUGUUUGGUCGGGGUUUUAAGAGAAACUACAAUGUUGGCCGAUAUUAUGAAGAC